CAGUACUACCACUCCAUGCAGACCAUCAGAAUUUUAGAGCAGAAGACUACAGAACUGUUUGAGCAAAAGGUCAUCAGAGGAGCAUGCCAUAUGUAUGAUGGACAGGAGGCCUGUGCUGUAGGUGUUGAAGCAUCAAUCCAGCCCAGCGAUCACCUGAUCACCGGCUAUCGUACUCACGGCUUCAUGGUCACCAGGGGAGCCUCGCUCAAGGAAAUAGUGUCCGAGUUAGCUGGUCGUAGAGAUGGAGUCUGUAAAGGAAAAGGCGGAUCCAUGCACUUGCAAACCAAAAACCUCUAUGGAGGUUUCGGUAUUGUUGGAUCUCAGGUUCCUCUUGGAUGUGGCUUAGCAUUUGCCUGCAAAUACCGGAACACUGACAAACUCUGUGUUUGUUUGUAUGGUGACGGUGCGUCCAACCAGGGACAAGUUCAUGAGUCGUUCAACAUGGCAAGUUUGUGGAACUUGCCUGUCAUUUUCGUCUGUGAGAAUAACUUGUACGGCAAAGGAACUCAUGUGGGACGGGCCUCUGCAAACACUGACCUCUACAAAAGGGGAGACAACAUUCCUGGCAUGAGGGUAGAUGGGAUGGACGUCCUCUGUGUGAAGGAAGCAUCAAGGUUUGCAGUCAAUCACUGCCGAUCUGGAAAGGGUCCUAUCAUCUUGGAGUUGAUGACUUGCUGCUACAGAGGACAUAUGCUCACCCAGACCAGCCACGAAACCCCAAAAGAAGUUCAAGAUAUUCGCAAAAGUAGAGAUGCGAUCAAACUGCUGAAGAAUCACAUGCUCAGCAGCGAGCUGACCAGUGUGGAGGAAUUACAGGAAAUGAAUGAUCAAAUUGUCCGAGACGUUGAAGAAGCAGCUGAAUUUUCCCUCUCCAGUCCUGAGCCCCCAUUAGAGGAUCUGUGCAGCCACAUCUUCUGCAACAACUCACCCUUCAGUGUUCGCGGAGUCAAUCCAUGGACCCACCUUGUUUCUCUCAGCUAA